GAAUUGUGGGAGUUGAAAUCCAAAACACCUGGAGGGCCCCAGUUGGCCCAAGGCCUGCCACUUAAUAGAGACCUGGGCGAGGAGGCCAAGUCCCCAUCCAUUGGCCAUGGCCGAAGGUUUCCUCCUGCGUCCUGCAGAGGGAGAGGAGCAAGAAGAAAGGCAGCCCUUGUUCCUCUUCCAGGAGCUCAUUGUGUUGGCCACAGCAGCCACUGAAUUGACUGAAGCAGAGGAAGCUUCCCUGGACACCGAGCAGAAGACUCAAUUCAGUUGGAUUGUGCAGGAGGGAGCCGGAGGGGACGCUUCACUCGAAUCCCUUUUGGUUCACAAACCUGAACCCAUCCCAUGGCUGGAAGAAAGAGAAGAUCCGUUGAUGGAGGUGUGCGAGGAAAGCACAAGACCAGCAGGAGAUGCAAAGGAGAAGAACAAAGAUGACAAACAGGAAUCUGCAGCAAAACAUAACUGGAGUCGAAACUCUGUCAUUUGCAAAGCCCCUCCGUUUCCUCAAAGCUCCUUGCUAAGUAAGCGCCAAGCAGGGCAGAGAGAGGCAAUGAAAUCGUCUUUUUCCAAAAAGAAGAAACUAUUCCACUGCUCAGAGUGUGGAAAGGGCUUUGAAAAAAGGGCUAACCUUAAUGCCCAUCAAAAAAUUCAUACUGAAGGGAAACCCUAUACCUGCCCCGAAUGCGGGAUGAGCUUCAACCGGAACAGCAACAUGACAGCUCACCAAAGAACCCACACCGGCGAGAAACCCUUUCAUUGCUCCAAAUGCGGAAACAGCUUUAGCCGGAAGCGGGCCCUAAUCGAUCACGGAAGGAUCCACACUGGGGAGAAGCCGUAUAAAUGCUUGGUGUGCGGGAAGAGCUUCAGCCGGAGCAAUAAUCUCGCCCUCCAUCAGAAAACCCACACGGAGAGGAAGCCUUUUGAGUGCUCGGAGUGCGGGGAAAGCUUCCGGCGGAGCUGUACCCUGACUAAACACCUCAAGAUCCACGCAGGAGAAAAACCCUACAAGUGUUUGGAGUGCGGGAGGAGUUUUGCCCUGAGCAGCACCCUCAGGUAUCACCGGAGAAUCCACACGGGGGAGAAGCCGUACCAAUGCUCGGAGUGCGGAAAGAGGUUCACGCAGAGCAGUAACCUCACUUACCAUAAGGAAACCCACGGGUUUAAGUCGUUUGAAUGCUCUGACUGCAGGAAGAGGUUUGCUCACAGGAGCAGCCUGGAGGAGCAUCAGAGUCUGCUCACCUGCAAGAAGCUGUUCCAGUGCCCCGACUGCGGGAAGAACUUCCGCUCGAGGGAGAACUUUGGCUUUCACAUCCUAAUCCAUACAGACAGCUCUUCCAUCAAGGAUCAUUUCAGGAAUGGUGGGAGCACCUGGGAUGCAGAGCAGGCGUUACGAGAGGCAUCGCAAAACAACUGUGACGGUGGGCAGAAUGAAUCACAACACACUCAUCUCCCAGGGCUGCAAAGCGAGGAGACGGAAAGACAACAUGGCCAAGGACCUGAGCACAGGACGUUGUUGGCUCCUGAGGAUGAGGACAUAAAGCCAGUCCUUUGAAUCCACUAUUUUCUGCCGUUAACAGGCUAGCCCAGAGCUCUGCAAACAUUUCGUGUUGGUGACACACCUUUUAGAUCGGCAUCAUUUCGCAACACAGUAAUUCAGUGUAUUGUCGAAGGCUUUCAUGGCUGGAAUCACUCAGUUCUUGUGGGUUUUUUCGGGCUAUAUGGCCAUGUUCUAGAGGCAUUUCUCCUGACGUUUCGCCUGCAUCUAUGGCAAGC